GAGCGUGGACUGUAAACAUUAAAACAACAACGUUAACAGCUGUGACUCCGCCGCGGUCGCUCAGAGUUAGCUAGCCCCGUUUAACCGUCACCAUCCGGACGUAAACAAGCUAAACCGGGACAUAAACACUAACAGUAACGAGCCAUGGCAGUUAAUAAAGCUAAAGUCGCGGUCGGGUUCAUGGUGGCAGGUGUCCUGACCGUGGUGUUCGGGACGGUUCUUACCUUUGUGGGACCGUUAAUCAUCGACGACCAGAUAGUGAAGAACACAGUGAUCGACCCAAAGAACAGUGUGUCCUACACCAUGUGGAAGGACAUCCCCGUGCCCUUCUACAUGUCCGUCUACUUCUUCAACGUCCUCAACCCCAAGGAGAUCCUGAAGGGAGAGAAGCCCAUGGUGGAGCAGCGAGGACCUUAUGUGUACAGGAAACGGUGUCAGAAAGACAACAUCACAUUUCAUCCCAACAACACGGUGUCAUACAAGGAAUACAGAAGAUACUACUUCGAACCGUCCAUGUCUGCGGGGAACGAGUCCGACAUCAUCACCAUCCCGAACAUGUUGGUGCUGGGUGCAGCGGUGAUGAUGGAAAACCUGCCUUUCGCCGUGCGUUUAAUGAUCAGCACCACCUUCAAGACGUUCAAGGAGGGGCCCUUCCUGACCAAGACCGUGGAGGAGCUGAUGUGGGGUUACGACAGUAAACUGGUCGAGUUCCUCAACAAAUACCUGCCCGGCACGCUGCCCUCGACGGGAAAGUUUGGCCUCUUUGCUGACUUCAACAACUCCAACACCGGUCUGUUCACCAUCUUCACCGGACAGGACGACAUCAGGAAGGUUCAUAAAGUCGAUUCCUGGAACGGCCUGACAGAGCUGAACUACUGGAGGACGCCUCAGUCUAACAUGAUCAAUGGAACAGCUGGACAGAUGUGGCCUCCCUUCAUGACUAAAGAGACCACUUUGCCUUUCUACAGCCCUGACGCCUGCAGAUCUAUGGAGCUGGUUUACCAGCGUCCUGGUGAGAUGAAGGGGAUCCCUCUGUAUCGAUACGUCGCACCCAAGACCCUGUUCGCCAACGGGACAGAGUACGCCCCCAACGAAGGUUUCUGCCCCUGCAGACAGUCCGGCAUCCUGAACGUCAGCAGCUGUCGCCACAACUCUCCGGUCUUCAUCUCUCAUCCUCACUUCUUUAAUGCUGAUCCUGUUCUCCUGGACACUGUGCUGGGCCUCAGUCCCAACGAGGAAGAGCAUGGCCUCUUCAUCGACAUUCACCCGCAAACAGGUGUCCCCCUGAACGUGUCCAUCCGUCUGCAGCUCAACCUCUACAUGAAGAGAGUGUCAGGAAUUACAGAAACGGGAAAGAUUUCGGAGGUGGUGAUGCCCAUGAUCUGGUUUGAGGAGAGCGGGUAUAUCGACGGCCCCAUCGUCAACACCUUCCACACCAACCUGGUCGUUCUACCUGCGGUGAUGGAGUACAUGCAGUACGGCUUCAUCGCGCUCGGCCUGGCAACGAUAGUCAUCGCCGCGCUGGUGCGUCACAGAGUGAAGAUUAAUAAACGUGGAGGUGGCUCCCCAUCAACCCCAAGCACUACGACCGAAGAGAGAGACCCUCUACUGCAAGAUGAAAUAAAUUCACACACACACACACACACACCACGGUUGUCGUGACGACCGACAUCAUUCCAGUAUCUUGAACUGAAGCGCUGCCACAAGCCGCUCUGCUCUGAAUACACUAAUGAGACUUGUGCAGCAGCGACGCCAUGUUGUUGUUUUUGUUUUUUUGUUUUUUGUACUUGACUGUAAAGUUGAUGAAACCCUCGGCCUCAGACGUGUUCACUGUCACUGUGUUUGUGUCGAGGCUGUCGGGUUGAGACUGUGUGUCUCUCUGAGGCAGAGCGAGUGAAGACGCUGAAAAACACUUUUUGUACAAACCACUACCAAACAAAAAAGAAGAAAAAGAAAAACUGUAUUUCCAGUUACAUGCGACAGUUCGAUCUCGUCGUCGGGAGCAACAGUCGACAGUUACCAUGGAAAUGUUUCUGCAUUAACAACAAGGGAACGAACAGGCAGAACAGCUCCGUCUCUGUCUUAACGACUGACUGACUCUGUACAGUAUUUUACCGAUGUGCCUUCAUGAAGAGGGAAACUUCUCGCCGUCUACUUCGACCUGCAGCUCCUUGGAUUUCAAGGAUCACAAAUUAGUAUGUGUUGUAGCGGAGAAACACUCCUCUGACAAUCAGCGACUCCUGUUUGUGAAACUACUGUCCUCUGUAAAGGUGUGAAUGUUGAUGUUAAUGACGCCUCCUUAUUAUGAAUAUAGAAAAAGUGAAUGAAUUAAGAGAAAGUUUGAGGUAAUUAAAUGUGCCAUUUGAGAUUCUAAUCAUCAGUGUUGUGUGACGGUGUCUCACUGUGACAGGAUCUUUGUGAAAUAUAUAUAAAAUAAGAAUGACGAGUCUGAGAAUGUGAAUUCAGUCGAGUUCUCAGAGACCUUGAGUGUCAGUGUCCAGAUUCCUCUUAGAAGCAGUGACUUUAAUUUGACAUGAUGUCUGACUGAAACUUGCUGUCGGUGACUCUGACACACAUUAAAUGAUUGAAUUUGA